AUGCUAAGCAUUCCGCUGCCCCAAGCCCAGGCCCAGCCUGGCCAGAGGACUCCCCAUAGUGGAAAAAUGAAGACAAUUCCUACUGGCUGGCGCAAGGAGGGGGUGUAGAGGGCAGUGGCACCAGCCGGUCCUGGCACCAUGGACGAUGCUGCAGUCCUAAAAAAGAAGGGUUACAUUGCGGGAAUCAAUCUGGGCCAGGGUUCCUAUGCAAAAGUCAAGUCUGCCUACUCAGAGCGCCUCAAGUUCAAUGUGGCGGUCAAGAUCAUCGACCGCAAGAAAACACCCACUGACUUUGUGGAGAGAUUCCUUCCUCGGGAGAUAGACAUCUUAGCAACUGUCAACCAUCACUCCAUCAUCAAGAUCUAUGAGAUUUUUGAGACCUCUGAUGGAUGCAUUUACAUCGUCAUGGAGCUCGGUGUCCAGGGAGACCUCCUGGAGUUCAUAAAGUGUCGGGGAGCCCUGCAUGAGGAUGAGGGACACAAGAUGUUCCGCCAGCUCUCCUCAGCUGUCAAGUACUGCCAUGACUUAGACAUUGUCCACCGAGACCUUAAGUGCGAGAACCUUCUCCUUGACAAGGACUUCAACAUCAAGUUGUCUGACUUUGGAUUCUCCAAGCGCUGCCUGCGGGAUAAGUGUGGGCACAUUGUCCUCAGCAAGACCUUUUGUGGGUCAACAGCAUACGCAGCCCCCGAAGUUCUGCAGGGCAUCCCCUACCAGCCCAAGGUGUACGACAUCUGGAGCCUGGGCGUUAUCCUCUACAUCAUGGUCUGUGGCUGCAUGCCCUAUGAUGACUCCAACAUCAAAAAGAUGCUGCGCACCCAGAAGGAGCACCGCGUGGACUUCCCUCGCUCGAAGAACCUGUCCAGUGAGUGCAAGGACCUCAUCUAUCGCAUCCUCCAGCCAGACGUCAACCGGCGGCUGCACAUUGAUGAGAUCCUCAGUCACUCAUGGCUGCAGCCCCCCAAGCCCAAAGCUAUGUCUUCUGAUUCACUCAAGAGGGAUGGGGAGGGCAAGUACCAGGCUGAGUACAAACUGGACACCAGGGCAGGCUCAAGGCCUGAGCACAAGGCCGACUACAAGCUGGGGGCUGAAACCCACCACCAGUCCAAGAAUGAAGACAGGGUGGAGGAUAGGCUGGCCGAGACCUCCAGAGAGGUGAAGACCCGGGGAGAAGAGGGUGUGUGCACUCUCAGCUCAGAAGCAUGUCUGGGAGCCAUCCACAGCUUCUCCUCCACAAAGGGCCCUUGCCUGGAGCCCUCAACUCCUGUGACUGAUGCAGGCCUGGGGUCUCGGGCCUGGGGUUCAAGGCACAGCAUGGAAAGGAGGCCCAGCCAGACUGUGCCAAGUGUUCUUUCACAGAAGUUCAGGUGGGGUUAAAUAGAAAACAGUUCCAGCAAGGCCUGGGGAUCAGCACAGGUGCCAUAUUCCAAGAGGAGUGCCUGUGUGUCCUGUGCCAGCUUGGCUGUGGCAGAACACCUAUCAUCUGUGCUUCCUGUGAUGAUCAAUGUCCUCUAGUCAGAGUUUGGGUCCCCAGCGGCUGGAGUCCUCUCCAGGUAGGUAGCUGCCCUGCAGGCUCCACAAAGUGUCCACAGAUCCAGCCCAGGCCACUUUGAAAACA